CAGCUACCGCCCGGCGCCCGAGAGGCCACCUGCGUGCUAGAGGCAAACUUUUGUCUCCCUCGGGUUGCCACCCAGGACUAUGAGCGCCUAAAAUGGAGACGUCCGCCUCAGCUACUGCCGUGGAGAAGCAAGAAGCCAAAAGUGGGAUCCUGGACAGUACCAGUUUCCCCGACCCGGGCAAAAAGGCCUCUCCUCUUGCGGUGGCCGCAGCGGCAGCAGCUGUAGCUGCCCAAGGAGUGCCGCAGCACCUCUUGCCACCGUUCCAUGCGCCCUUACCAAUUGACAUGCGCCACCAGGAAGGAAGGUACCAUUACGAGCCUCACUCUGUCCACAGCGUGCACGGGCCUCCCACCCUGAGCGGCAGCCCUGUCAUCUCUGACAUCUCCCUGAUCCGGCUUUCCCCACACCCUGCUGGCCCUGGAGAGUCCCCCUUCAAUGCCCCCCACCCGUACGUGAACCCCCACAUGGAGCACUACCUCCGUUCCGUGCACAGCAGCCCCACGCUCUCCAUGAUCUCUGCAGCUAGGGGCCUCAGCCCCGCUGAUGUGGCCCACGAGCACCUUAAGGAGAGAGGACUGUUUGGCCUGCCUGCUCCAGGCGCCAACCCCUCAGACUAUUACCACCAGAUGACGCUCAUGGCAGGCCACCCUGCACCGUACGGGGACCUGCUGAUGCAGGGCGGGGGUGCCACCAGCACUCCCCAUCUCCAUGACUACCUCAACCCAGUGGAUGUGUCGCGUUUCUCCAGCCCACGGGUGACCCCCCGCCUGAGCCGCAAGCGGGCAUUGUCCAUCUCCCCGCUCUCAGAUGCCAGCCUUGACUUGCAGCGCAUGAUCCGGACCUCGCCCAACUCUCUGGUGGCCUACAUCAACAACUCUCGCAGCAGCUCGGCAGCCAGUGGCUCCUAUGGGCACCUGUCAGCAGGUGCCCUCAGCCCAGCCUUCACCUUCCCCCAUCCCAUCAACCCCAUGGCCUACCAGCAGAUCCUGAGCCAACAGAGGGGCCUGGGCUCAGCCUUCGGACACACACCACCCCUGAUCCAGCCCUCACCCACCUUCCUGGCCCAGCAGCCCAUAGCCCUCACCUCCAUCAAUGCCACUCCCACCCAGCUCAGCAGCAGCAGCAACUGUCUGAGCGACGCCAACCAGAACAAGCAGAACAGCGAGUCCGCCGUGAGCAGCACUGUCAACCCCAUCACCAUUCACAAGCGCAGCAAGGUCAAGACGGAGGCCGAGGGCUUGCGGCCAGCCUCCCCCUUGGCGCUGACGCAGGGCCAGGCAUGUGGACACAGCUUACAUGGUUGUGUUCUUUUCCCCCAGGAGCAGUUGGCUGAUCUCAAGGAAGACCUGGACAGGGAUGACUGUAAGCAGGAGGCCGAGGUGGUCAUCUACGAGACCAAUUGCCACUGGGAAGACUGCACCAAGGAGUACGACACCCAGGAGCAGCUGGUGCACCACAUCAACAACGAGCACAUCCACGGGGAGAAGAAGGAGUUCGUGUGCCGCUGGCAGGCCUGCACGCGGGAGCAGAAACCCUUCAAGGCGCAGUACAUGCUGGUGGUGCACAUGCGGCGGCACACAGGCGAGAAGCCCCACAAGUGCACGUUCGAGGGCUGCUCGAAGGCCUACUCUCGCCUGGAGAACCUGAAGACGCACCUGCGCUCCCACACCGGGGAGAAGCCCUACGUAUGUGAGCACGAGGGCUGCAACAAGGCCUUCUCCAACGCCUCGGACCGUGCCAAGCACCAGAACCGCACCCACUCCAAUGAGAAACCCUAUAUCUGCAAGAUCCCUGGCUGCACCAAGCGGUACACGGACCCCAGCUCUCUCCGGAAGCACGUGAAAACGGUCCAUGGCCCAGAUGCUCAUGUCACCAAGAAGCAACGCAAUGACAUGCACCUCCGUGCCCCGCUGCUCAAGGAGAAUGGGGACAAUGAGACCAAUGCUGAACCUGGCGGCCGGGGGUCCGAGGAGAGUGCCGAGGCCAGCAGCACCAGCCAGGCCAUGGAGGACUGCCUGCACAUCAAAGCCAUCAAGACCGAGAGCUCCGGGCUGUGUCAGUCCAGCCCCGGUGCCCAGUCAUCCUGCAGCAGCGAGCCCUCUCCCCUGGGCAGUGCCCCCAACAAUGACAGUGGCGUGGAGAUGCCGGGGACGGGGCCCGGGAGCCUGGGAGACCUGACAGCGCUGGAUGACACUCCCCCAGGGGCCGACGCCUCAGCCCUGGCUGCCCCCGCAGCUGGUGGCCUGCAGCUGCGCAAACACAUGACUGCCAUGCACCGGUUCGAGCAGCUCAAGAAGGAGAAGCUCAAGUCACUCAAGGAUUCCUGCUCAUGGGCCGGGCCAGCUCCACACACCCGGAACACCAAGCUGCCUCCCCUCCCGGGAAGUGGCUCCAUCCUGGAAAACUUCAGCGGUAGUGGGGGUGGCGGGCCGGCAGGGCUGCUGCCCAACCCGCGGCUGUCCGAGCUGUCGGCCAGCGAAGUGACCAUGCUGAGCCAGCUGCAGGAGCGCCGGGACAGCUCCACCAGCACGGUCAGCUCGGCCUACACCGUGAGCCGCCGCUCCUCCGGCAUCUCCCCCUACUUCUCCAGCCGCCGCUCCAGCGAGGCCUCCCACGAGGCGCCGGGCAGCGGCGCGCGGCGGGCCAGCGACCCCGUGCGGAGGCCCGACGCCCUGGCUCUGCCGCGGGUGCAGCGCUUCCUCAGCGCCCACAACGUGAACCCGGGCUCGCUGCCACCCUGCGCGGAGAGGAGAGGCCUUCGCCUGCAGAGCCACCUCAGCGCCGACGGCAGCCUGGCCCGCGGCGCCUACUCGCCCCGACCGCCCAGCAUCAGCGAGAAUAUGGUGAUGGAGGCCGUGGCGGCAGGCGUGGGCAGCGCGGGCCCCGAGGCCGACCUGGGGCUGCCCGAGGACGACCUGGUGCUGCCCGACGACGUGGUACAGUACAUCAAGGCUCACGCCCGUGGCACUCUGGAUGAGAGCGCUGGGCAGGGAUAUCCCACAGAAAGCACCGGCUUCUCUGACCACUCCAAACUGCCCAGCCCAGGAGUGCACGGCCAGCGCAGGCUGGCGGCUGCGGACUCCAACGUGGGCCCUUCUGCUUCUGUGCUAGGAGGCAGCCAGCUGGGCUAUGGGGUACCCUCCAGCCUGAACAAAAAUAACAUGCCCGUGCAGUGGAAUGAGGUGAGCUCCGGCACCGUGGAUGCUCUGGCCAGCCAGACAAAGCCUCCACCCUUUCCUCAGGGCAACCUGGCCGUGGUGCAGCAGAAGCCAGCCUUUGGUCAGUACCCAGGCUACAGUCCACAAGGCCUACAGCCGAGCCCUGGGGGCCUGGACAGCACCCAGCCACACCUUCAGCCCCGUGGCGGAGCCCCCUCCGCGCCCAGGGUAAACUAUAUGCAGCAGAUGCAGCAGCCAGCAACAGGUGGCCAGUGUCCCAGCAUGACCACCACUGCGAGCCCCCAGCCCAACUAUGGCCAAGCCCACCCCCAGCUGAGCCCCAGCACUGUCAGUGGUGCCCUCAACCCAUUCCCCACAUCCUGCAGCAACAUGGCAGCCAAGUCAGGCCACCUGGGGCUCCCUCAGCAAAUGGAAGUUGCCCCCAAUCCCACCAUGAUGGGCAGUCGCCACAGGGAACUCGGGGUCCCCAAUUCAGCCCAGAGCUACUCACAGCAGAGCCAUCACCUGGUGGCCCCCAUGAGCCAGGAGGGCUACCGCCAGGUCCCUAGCCUUCUGCCUUCCCACCAGCCUGGCUUCAUGGAGCCCCAGCAGGGUGCAAUGGGGGUGGCUGCAUCAAGCUUUGGCCUGGUGCAACCCCGGCCACCUCUCGAGCCCAAUCCUGCUAGUUGCCACCGUGGGGUGCGUGCUGGGCAGCAGCAACUGUCCUAUGCCAGAGCCACUGGCCAUGCCGUGGCUGCUGUGCCAGCCAACCAGGAGACAGCAGGGGCUGUACCCAAGGGAACGAUGGGCACCAUGGUGUCAUUGCCCCCACAGCUGCCCCUGCAGGAUGUGGGUGGGGCCCAGGACCACAGUAUGCUCUACUACUAUGGCCAGAUCCACAUGUAUGAACAGAACAGAGGCCUGGAGAACCACGCAGGCUGCCAGGUCAUAAGGCCCCAGCCACCACAGCCACAGGCCUGCCUGGACAGUAUGCAGCCCCAGCCCUUGCCCUCACCAGGGGUCAACCAGGUGUCCAGCACUGUGGACUCCCAGCUCCUGGAGGCACCCCAGAUUGACUUUGACGCUAUCAUGGAUGAUGGCGAUCACUCGAGCCUGUUCUCAGGUGCGCUGAGCCCCAGCCUCCUCCACAGCCUCUCCCAGAGCUCCUCCCGCCUCACCACCCCCCGCAACUCCCUGACCCUGCCCUCCAUCCCCACGGGCAUCAGCAACAUGGCUGUCGGGGACAUGAGCUCCAUGCUCACCAGCCUGGCAGAGGAGAGCAAGUUCCUGAACAUGAUGACCUAAAGGCCCCAGCCCCUGGAACUGAGUGGGCCUGCAGGGGUCAUCGCUCUCAGAGCGUGGGGCUUUCAUCCGUUUUGUCUUUUUCCAGAAUAGUAUUAAAUAUGCCUGGGGGAUUUUUGCCAAUGGCUGGUUCGGACUACAGAUGUUUUAAAAGAAGUUUUAUGGGCAUCCUUGCUGGUCUGUUGGAUUAUUUUUCAGAACACUGAAAAACAUCUCAAUGGGAAAGGAAAGGAAGGAAUGAAGAACUCAUUUACACAGUGCUUUCCAGCUUUUGGUGUUUAUAGGACCACUCUGUUCUGGCUUCUCCACCUCUGUCAUUUGGUUAAUGAGGGAUUACAUUGGCCAAGGGCUUUCCAAGGACAUGUGGAAGGAGGGUAGGGGAGCCACAUUUGAGUUUGAAUCCGAGAGCCAUACUGGAUGUUCUGCUCCAGGAAGAUGAGCUUUUCAUUCUGCUUCCUGCAAAGAAAGGGAAUUCCUGGCCCACCUGAACGCUAUGAAGUUUAGUUCUUUAGGUCUCUAAUGUACCUUGCCAGAGAAGAAGAAAGUGGAUUUUCCCUGGGUGAUUCAGAAGCACAUUCCUGAUUCCAGGUUUGGUAGAGCUGGAAUCUCUACUCCAUAAAUCCGAGUUUGGGUAUGAAUGAAGAAAAUAUGUAAGUAUCACCGGAAAAAGGAAAGAAACAACGGUACUUGGGGCAAGCCCGGGAGCUGCCCUGGCCUCUCCAGACAGUGUUUACAGUGUUCCUGCAUGUAGAUUGUAGCCCUUUCUGAAAAGACCCCUUGUUUCUAAAUACCUCGGGGCUGCUGGAGCUGCUGUGGGUUAGGAACGGACUGAGGCCUCUAGGAGAUGAGGGUGCACCCAGGAGAUCUCCCAGUAGGAAGAGGAAGUCGCAUGUUUACUGAAUCCUGUUUCUCCAAUGCACUAUCUGCCCACUUUACCAUGGAAAACUCCAGGGCUUGAGGGCAGCCUGUGCCCAGGCCCCUCCAGGUCAUGCUGUCCACUCACCAGCAGCCUGGUGGUCUAUGCCAAGCCACAACGUGCAGUCCCAGCAUCUUCUGGAUUCCUUUCCCUCUGCCCUCCCUGGUCAUUUGGCAGAGAAUGAUGACAUGCAUGGUGUUUGGGGUGGGUGCGGGAGGGUGAAAGGGUUGAUUUGGGGGACUCUGAGGGACUGUCACUGAAUUUUCCUGUUCGGUGUGAUCAAGUCCCACCUGGAAAUGGAAUUUGAAACUGGUUUCAGAAGGCAUCAUUCCUGAACACAAUGUAGGGUGGAUUGAUGCAUCUUCCCCACCAUACACACCCUAAACAUUCUCAUGUUGAAUUUGGGUCAUCCUUGCCAAACUAACUGCACCACCCUGAGCUCGAUUCUGACCAUGAUCCUGGCUUCAGUGAGAAACUUCUUAGGAGAGUCUGUGGACAGGGCCAAAACCUUAUUAUCUGGGCCCUCUGCAUCCCAGCACAUCAAAUCCUUUGUUAAGGUCCAGAGGCAAAGCCAACUCCAAACGACAGUCCUGGACAUGGACAGAGGUCUGUGUCUCUGGGGUGGUGUUCAUUCACUUCCUGAGAAGAUUUUGUUCACCAUUCCCAACCUGUAUAUAUUCUGUACAGAAGACACCAUCACUGAAUAUACUGUAGGUGAAUUGUCCAGCCAAAUUUAUAUCUCCAAAACAUUUUUAGCUUUUUCUACAUGCUAUGAAUUGAGAUGACAUGCUCAACUUGUAAAUACGUCUUUUUGUACAUUAAAAAAGUAAUUUUUUCAUAA